AUGCCAGCGCCACAAAGAUUGACCGGCGAGCCAACCGCAGAGACAGUGCUCGCAGCCCUCGAUGCCGCUCCCAGCGGCAAGAUCGAGGACACCCGAUUGAUUGCACCGGAGGUCUCGACAGCUGCAGCAGACCAGCAGUCCGACCCAGUCAAGCGAUCCGAAGCCAAUGAGGCUGUAUUCAGAGAGCGCGCUCAAUGGCAGCUCGCUCUUUCGGAUGUGCUCAAGUCGCUUCUCAGCAAGGAGAUGGUGGUCAUGGAGAAGCUAGAAGAAACCACUUCUGCUCCACUUCCAGAUGGUUUUGUCUUAUUGCAGAACGGCUCGCCAGAGAUCCGCCUGGUUAAGGCACUGCCCAACGAAGAGGGUGUCGGCAGAUCGAUUAGCGACCUCAAGGAGCUUUUGGGCGCCGACACGCUCAAGAACGGGCAGAGCAAUGCUUUCCGCAACAAGUGGGCCAAAAAGCUUCCAGACGGCACUUUCGGGAGGACUGAGGCGACACUCGGUAAAUCAGACGCAGAGCUGCGUGACGAGAUCCAAGAACAGAUUGCCGAAGUGCUCAAGACCGGCACAGUCGCCGCUGCCGAUGCUGCUGCAACCGACAAGAAGCUCGCCGAGCUUCGUAAGCGCAAGUUGGUAGCCACACGCAAGCUGGUCUACUUUUCCAUCGCCAAAGGUUCGCAGUUCUCGCUAACCGUGCAGAAGCUCGAAACGGACCUCACCUUUGAGAUGCUUCAAUCCGGAUCGUGGAAGGAGGCUCCUUUCAAAAAAUACAACUUCGACGCUGAAGGUGCCGUGCCUGCUUCCGGUGCAUUGCAUCCUCUGCUGAAGGUGAGGGAGGAGUUCCGCAACAUCUUCUUCGAGAUGGGCUUCACCGAAAUGGCGACGGACCGAUUCGUCGAGUCGUCCUUCUGGUGUUUCGAUUCGCUUUUUGUGCCACAGCAGCACCCGGCGAGAGACGUGCAGGACACGUUCUUCAUCAAGGACCCACCGUACGCUAAGCACAUUCCCGAAGACUAUCUGAAGCGCGUCACUCAGGUACACCAGGAGGGCGGUUUUGGUUCGGUUGGCUACCGCUAUCCUUUCGACCGCAAAGUGACCGAGAAGCUCGUACUUCGAACGCACACCACGGCUGUUUCGUCGGCUAUGCUGUACAAGCUGGCGAAUCAACCGGGUGGGUUCAAGCCUGCCAAGCUCUUCUCGAUCGACCGCGUUUUCCGUAACGAAGCCGUGGAUGCUACGCACUUGGCCGAAUUUCACCAAGUGGAAGGUGUGGUCGCUGACUACAACAUUACCCUUGGCGACCUGAUCGGAUUCAUGGAGGUCUUCUUCAAGAAGAUGGGCGUCACCAACCUCCGUUUCAAGCCGGCUUACAACCCGUACACCGAACCCUCGCUCGAGAUCUUCUCGUAUCACCAGGGUCUCAAGAAAUGGGUCGAGGUUGGUAACUCGGGCAUGUUCCGUCCCGAGAUGUUGAGACCCAUGGGUUUGCCCGACGGUGUCAACGUCUUGGGUUGGGGUUUGAGUUUGGAACGCCCCACAAUGAUCCGUUAUGCUGUUAAAGAUAUUAGGGAGUUGGUCGGUCACAAGGUGCCGAUUUCCAGCGUCGAGAAUGCUCCCGCUACCAGGUUCUAG